AUGGCACGCAAAAGGCGGUGCGUUACUACAUCCCUAUCUGCACCAAUCCGCACCCAGAUACAGAAAUUUAGCGGCGUUCUUCCUUCCCUACCAAUGACUCCACCAGAUCCGGGUGGCUUGGUAGAUUCGCCAGGACAUUGCCUGGCGCCUUCGACCUGCACGGCAAUUCACGUUAUCUCGACGGAACGGGCGGCGCUAGCACAUCUAGAGAGAAUCUAUUUGAUGGAUAAACUUGCUCAGGAUAGCAUUGAACGCGCAGUGACGACGGUAGCCAAUACUGUGAGGUCUGGAGGGAAGCUAAUUAUUUCCGGAGUUGGGAAAAGUGGGAAGAUUGCUGAGAAGGUGGUGGCUACCAUGAACAGCCUGGGGGUCCAGAGCACAUUUCUUCACCCAACAGAGGCACUCCAUGGGGAUCUUGGGAUGAUUAGACCGGGUGACGCAGUACUUUUGGUAACCUUUUCGGGCAAGACACCAGAGCUACUCCGCCUUAAGCCGUAUCUUCCAGCAACAGUGCAACUAAUUGCCAUCACCGCGCAUGAAAGUCCCGAUUUGUGUCCACUUUUAGCUGACUCAAAUAGUCCCGACCCCAUUCUACUAACUGCGCCGGUUCACGAGCAUGAAGAUAUAUCAUUUGGCUUACCCGCACCGAUGACAUCUACAACAGUAGCGCUUGCCCUGGGCGACGCAUUGGCAUUAGCAACUUCCAGGAAGCUAUAUAACUCGCCAGACAAAGGCCCAGCUGAGGUGUUCAAAGGUUUCCAUCCUGGAGGAGCAAUUGGCGCAGCAUCGGCUGUUUCUACGACUCCGGUUUCGGAGUCUUCAUCUAGUUCAAUAUCCGCGAGCUCAAUAUUUUCAGAACCGCUACUCCCAAAACGAGAACCGCAGGUGACUCCAGCUCCCUCACCCAAUCGCGACCGUUGCAUAUCCGAUAUUGGAACGCCAUUUUCUGUAAUACACCCGAUAUCUCCACAAUCCACGCAGCACCUAGGAAAGCACAGCAUAAUAGAUGUGUUAAGAGGGGCUGUUCGCUCUCCAGCAGCCAGAUCGUGGGUCCUAUUGUCGCCAACGGCAAUUAUUCCGCCAGAGCAGGUUCGCAGACUCUCAGAGGAGAGGGAUGUUGAAAUGUCAUUGCAGGAUCUUCCUUAUGCCGCUAAUGUGAUUGUUCACAAAAAGGAUUGGUUCCAUGUGUCAAAGGACAGUACCACCAAGGAGGUGAAGGGAUUGAUUAUCAAGUUCAAUGAGGCCUGUGGACAUGUGGCUGGAAGGCUGACUGCGAAAAGUACCAUGAGUUUAGUGAUUGCUAUAACGGAUGGGGUAGCAGGUGAUAUUAUCAGUUUUGUUGAAGGGAAAGACCUUCUGGAUGAUUGA